UUCAGAGUUGGCGUAGCGACACAUGCGCCUAGCGUCAGGUUACUGACGCAGCGCUUCCUUCGAGACUACAGCUCUCUUGUUAACGCAUCUUUGAUGCUCUGUGGACUUACGAUAUUGGGAUUCCCUGCAACGAUAUAAUCUCGGGCGAACAGAAAGCGAUCAACAUGGAUAAUUCACCGACCGAACAGUCCGCAUGGGAUAUUGUGAGAGACCAUGUGUUCUUCCGCCCUCGUCAGGGCCAAGAUUGGCAGUCGAAGCCAGAGCUCCCUACUGCCCAGGAGAUUUUGGCGCCUCAGAAUCCAGAAGGGAAAAUCGAUCUGCCAGAGAACCCAGUAGACAAGCCAUGGGCAUCAAAGGGCGAGUAUCUGACAACCCAGUACGAGAUUCUGCGUCGAGAGGCGAUUGAGGGCCUGCGCUUCUCCGUGUCCUCCUACAUCGAGCUUCGGGCCGAACGGAAGGAAAUGAUGGACGACGACCACACCUGUGUAUACACCAAGGUGCGAGUAAGACAAUAUCUUUUCUCUACAAUAGGACCCAUAGCGAGGGUGUCAUUUUCCACCGAGCGAUCCAGAUACAACAUCCAGUGGCAGCAAUCAAAACGACUCCAACCUGGCAAGAUCGUUGCUCUUUCUACCAGGGACGAUGGCUUUCAAAGCAUCUGCAAGAUUGCGUCGAUUGCCCAACGUCCCUACCGCAAUGGCCUCGAUCAAGACCCCCCGCUCGUCGACCUGCUGUGGGCGAAUCCCGAAGAUGCAGUCCUCGACCCUGAUCUAGAAAUGAUCAUGAUAGAGUCGUGGCACGGGUAUUAUGAAGCGGCACGGCAUGCGUUGGUCGGGUUGCAACACGCAGCUAGGACCAACUCCCCCCUCGACAAGUACUUAACCGGAGCUCAAACAAGAGACAAGGCGCCGGAAUUCAUUGAGACGGACCCGCGCAUGAAUUUCUCUGCGCUUGCCCACAAUGCCACCAAAGAAGACUCGCCGACGAAAGACUCACUGAGGAUGCAUGAUAUUAUCCACGGGGGCGUUCCAGACCUUCGUGGCCUCACCCUCCUAGAUGACUCGCAACUCCUCGCCGUACAUCGAAUCGUGUCGAACGAGCUAGCUAUAGUGCAAGGCCCACCCGGAACUGGCAAGACGUUCACAUCGGUAGAAGCGAUUAAGGUCAUGGUUGAGAAUCGACGCCGGCAUCGGGGUCCUCCUAUCAUCGUAGCGGCCCAAACAAACCACGCACUGGACCAGCUUCUUAUGCACUGCAUUGACUUUGGGGCAAACGUCCUUCGCAUGGGAGGGAGAACCCAAAAUGAGGUGAUCCAGAAGCGAACCUUGUAUCACCUCCGACUCGCAUUCGGUAGCAUUCCUGCAGAUCGGAAGUGCAGCGCUCUGGACCGACAGCGUCACAAAAACAUAGAUGACAUAUGGGAUCUCGUCCACAGCCUCUUUGGCGAUAGGCUGCUUGAUCCGGCGGCCCUUCUGAGAUUUGGCAUCAUUUCCGAAGCCCAGUUCAACUCGCUCUGCGAUGAAACCAUGGAGACCCAGAAGACUCUGGAGAGCAACGGCCCAUUUGCACUCUGGCUAGGCGACAGUUUGAUUCCUGCCAAGAUCCUCCGAGACCAGCACCAAUCCCAGUGUGAGCUAAGUGAAGCACAAGCCCGCAAGGACCUCGAAGAGUUCGAAUACGACGGCGAAGAAGUGGAGAACAUCGCGGACGAGGAGGAAGAUGAGAAUCGAUUCCGAGGUCGAAUCAUCGAGUUGAAACACGUUUGGUCCGGUAAGGUCCCAGCUAAUCUGUCAUCAUGGAAUCGUGCGGUAGCGCGUGCUCUUGCCAAAGACGAUCUUUAUGAAGUCGGCCCGGAACUUCGCGGCGCGGUGUACCAGCACCUCCAAGCCAGGCUCUUGGAGGCAAUGACCCCGAGGUUUGCCGCCUUGCUCGCCCAGAACAUCGAGCUAUGCAAGCAGCGAAAGGCGUUCAAGUUUCUGGGGAAUACCGAGCUGGCGGAAACUCAACGUAUCGACAUCGUGGGCUGCACAACUACCGGCUUGACAAAGUACCGUGGAUGCCUGGCGGCGAUGAAACCCCUGUCUCUCCUAAUCGAAGAGGCGGCCGAGACUCGCGAAGCAAACAUAGCAUCCGCGCUAUACCCGUCCGUCCAACAGCUCAUCUUGGUGGGAGACCACAAGCAACUGGCUCCCAAGUGCGAUAUCCACUGGCUGGGGGAUGCCCCUUACAAUCUCAACGUUUCGAUGUUCCAGAGAAUGGUCAACCUUGGCAUGCCGUUUGUGAUGCUCAAUCAACAGCGCAGGAUGAAACCAGAGCUCAGGUUCAUCCUUCAACCCUUUUACCCAGACCUGGUCGACCACGCUAGCGUAGAAUCGCUCGCCGAACGUCCUGACGUCCCUGGAAUGGGUGGUCGUAACUGUUGGCUCUUCGACCAUACCUGGCCCGAGGAUACGAAUUCGGAUUUUAGCAAAUUCAACGAGCAAGAGGCCGACAUGAUAACGAAUUUCUUUGCCUAUCUCGUCAGCAACGGUACCCGGCCGGAGAAGAUCACUGUCCUUACGUUUUACAAGGGCCAGCGCAAGGUCCUGUUGACAAAGUUGAAGCGACAUCCUUCACUCAUCCAAUCGACUUUCAAUGUCUGCACGGUGGAUUCCUACCAGGGCGAGGAGAACGAUGUUGUCAUCCUGUCUCUUGUUCGGAGCCCCCAAGUCGACAGGUCGUAUGCAGUUGGCUUUUUGGAAGAUGAACGUCGUGCAGUCGUCGCCAUCAGCCGUGCUCGUCGGGGAUUCUAUGUAUUCGGCAAUGUUGAAAACGUGCUCCGUGCGCACGACGCUUCAUUCAAUCUGUGGUCGAAAAUAUGUAGUGGCUUCGCUGAGCAGGAGCGAAUGUAUCGGGCUGGUGGUCUUCCGGUCGUUUGUCAACCACACGGGCGACAGAUUUGGAUCAAGGAAGUUGAUGACUGGGGUGAUAAUGCCGGCGGCUGCGAUUUGCAGUGCCAGGAAUCCCGUCCAUGUGGCCAUCAAUGCACUCUCAAGUGUCACCCGUAAGUAAACAAACCAGGCAAGUUUGCCGGAAGAUCUGCUAACGUUUGGUGAAGAAUACCUCAUGAGCAACUUUCGUGCAGCCAACCA